CCCGCGCGGAGCCUCCUCCCCGCCCAGCGCCGGCCGAGCGGCGGCGGCGGCGGGCCGAGGAGGAAAGAUGGCGGCGGGCUCGGAUCUGCUGGACGAGGUCUUCUUCAACAGCGAGGUGGACGAGAAAGUGGUGAGCGACCUGGUGGGCUCGCUCGAGUCGCAGCUGGCGGCCAGCGCGGCCCACCACCACCACCUCGCGCCCCGCGCGCCCGAGGCGCGGGCCGCGGCCGCCGGCGCGCUCGGGAACCAUGUCGGAGCCGGAGCCGUGCCGGCCGAGGGCGCGCCCGCAGCGGCGCCGGAGCCGCCCCCCGCAGGUAGAGCGCGGCGCGGCCUGAGCGCGGGCGGCCGCCGGCCGGGCCCGCGUCCUCACUGCGCUGCCCCGCUUGUCCCCGCAGGGCCCGCCGCGAAGCUGAGCGCGCUCGAGGCCGGCGCGAGCGCCGCGGCCGGCGCCGGGGCCGGGGCGGGCGCCGCGGCCGGGGCCUGCGCGCCGGGGGCAGCGGCCGCGCCCGAGCCCGCCGCCAAGCCCGCCGCCCGCAACGGCCCGCCCGGCGGCCCCGGCGCCGCGCAAACUUUGAAUGGGAGCGCCGCGUUGGGGAACUCGCUCCGCGCCGCCGCCGCACCUGCUGUCAGCCUGCUCCACAACGGGCCCGCGCCCGCGCCGCCGCCGCCCAAGCCCGCCGCCGCCACUGUCAUCCAGACGCCGCCCUUCCUCGGCGCCCCCCCCGCGCCCGCGCCCCGCGCCCCCUCGCCCCCCGCGCCCGCCGCGCCCCCCGCGACCCCCGCGCCCGCCGCCGCUGCCCCGCCGCCGCCGCCGCCGCCCGCCGCCGCCAGCCUGGCCCGGCCGCCUGGCCCCCCGGCCGGACCCCCGGCGGCCGCGCAGAACGGGGGCAGCGCCGCGCCCGCCCCCGCGCCCGCCCCCGCGCCCGCCCCGGCCCCAGCGCCCGCUUCUGCCCCGGCGCCCGCCGCCAACAGUCAGCCCGGGCCCGCCGCCGCGCCCGCGCAAGUGGCCAAGGCCGACUCGCCCAAGACCGCGCUGCAGCCGGCGCCCCCGCCGCCGCAGACCCUGGCGGCCAGCUGCCCGGCCGGCGCGGGGGCCGGCAUGAUCCUCGGGCCAACUAUGCAAGGGGCUCUGCCCGCCGCCGCUGCCGCCGGUCUCCCGCCGCCGGCCCCCGGUACCCCCACCGGGCUGCCCAAGGGCUCGGCCAGCACGGUGACCCAGAGCCUGCCCAGGACGCCCUCGGCCACCAGCGGCGGGAUCCGGGCCACGCUGACGCCCACGGUCCUCGCCCCACGCCUGCCGCAGCCGCCGCAGAACCCGACGAACAUCCAGAACUUCCAGCUGCCCCCAGGUAUGGUCCUCGUGCGCAGCGAGAACGGGCAGCUGUUAAUGAUUCCUCAGCAGGCCCUGGCCCAGAUGCAGGCCCAGGCCCACGCCCAGGCCCAGCCUCAGACCGCCAUGGCGCCCCGCCCGGCCACGCCCACAAGUGCCCCUCCCGUGCAGAUCUCCACCGUGCAGGCACCUGGGACCCCCAUUAUUGCACGGCAGGUGACCCCAACGACCAUAAUCAAGCAAGUGUCUCAGGCCCAGACGACGGUACAGCCCAGCACUGCGCUGCAGCGCUCUCCCGGGGUUCAGCCUCAGCUUGUUCUGGGUGGCGCUGCCCAGACACCCUCACUUGGGACGGCGACAGCUGUUCAGACGGGGACACCUCAGCGAACGGUCCCGGGGGCCACCACCACCUCCACAGCCGCCACGGAAACUAUGGAGAACGUGAAGAAAUGUAAAAAUUUUUUAUCUACGCUAAUAAAACUGGCUUCAUCUGGUAAACAGUCUACAGAGACAGCCGCUAACGUGAAAGAACUGGUACAGAAUCUGCUGGACGGAAAAAUCGAAGCAGAAGAUUUCACUAGUAGGUUAUACCGAGAACUUAAUUCUUCACCUCAACCUUACCUUGUGCCUUUCCUGAAGAGGAGCUUGCCCGCCUUGAGACAGCUGACCCCCGACUCCGCGGCCUUCAUCCAGCAGAGUCAGCAGCAGCUGCCGCUGGCCUCGCAGGCCACCACCGCGCUCACGGCCGUGGUGCUCAGCGGCUCGGUGCAGCGCACGGCCGGGAAGACGGCGGCCACCGUGACCAGCGCCCUCCAGCCCCCUGUCAUCAGCCUCGCGCAGCCCGCGCCGGUGGGCGUCGGCAAGCAGGGGCAGCCCACGCCGCUGGUGAUCCAGCCGCCGCCCAAACCUGGAGCGCUGAUCCGGCCACCGCAGGUGACGCUGACGCAGACACCCAUGGUGGCGCUCCGGCAGCCCCACAACCGCAUCGUGCUCACCACGCCCCAGCAGAUCCAGCUGAACCAGCUGCAGCCAGUCCCUGUGGUGAAACCUGCCGUGUUACCUGGAACCAAAGCUCUUUCUACUGUCUCGGCACAAGCAGCUGCUGCACAGAAAAACAAGCUCAAGGAGCCCGGGGGAGGCUCGUUUCGGGACGACGAUGACAUCAAUGACGUAGCGUCGAUGGCUGGCGUGAACCUGUCGGAAGAAAGUGCGAGAAUAUUGGCUACGAACUCUGAGUUAGUGGGCACCCUGACGCGGUCCUGCAAAGACGAGACCUUCCUCCUCCCAGCGCCUCUGCAAAGAAGAAUAUUAGAAAUAGGUAAGAAACACGGCAUAACAGAGUUACACCCAGACGUGGUGAGUUACGUGUCACACGCCACGCAACAGAGGCUGCAGAACCUUGUAGAAAAGAUAUCAGAAACGGCUCAGCAAAAGAACUUCUCUUAUAAGGAUGAUGACAGAUACGAGCAGGCAAGUGAUGUCCGGGCUCAGCUCAAAUUUUUUGAACAGCUUGAUCAAAUUGAGAAACAGAGAAAGGACGAGCAGGAGAGAGAGAUCUUGAUGCGGGCAGCAAAGUCUCGAUCCAGACAAGAAGAUCCAGAACAGUUAAGGUUGAAACAGAAGGCAAAGGAGAUGCAGCAACAAGAACUGGCACAGAUGAGGCAGCGAGAUGCCAACCUCACAGCACUAGCUGCCAUCGGGCCCAGGAAAAAGAGGAAAGUGGACUCUCCGGGACCGGGAUCGGGAACAGAGGGCUCGGGCCCAGGCUCAGCGGUCCCAGGCAGUUCCGGCGUCGGAACCCCCAGACAGUUCACGCGACAAAGGAUCACGCGGGUCAACCUCAGGGACCUCAUAUUUUGUUUAGAAAAUGAACGUGAGACAAGCCAUUCACUGUUGCUCUACAAAGCAUUCCUUAAGUAGCACGGACGCGGCCUCUUAGACGGAGACGCCUGGGGACUUUUUCUAUAUUUGCAGAUUACGCCUUUUUGUAACAAGCAAAUGGGAUAUUGUUUAAAAAACAGCCACCUCUUUACAAUGGAACAGUUUUAUAUUCCUGUUUCUAAGUCAACUCUUCAGUAUGAAGGAAAACACGUUUCUGUAACAGAGAACAAGAGGCCCGCGGGUACUCUUAAAGGACAAUUAAAUCUUAACUCAUCUUUGAUCGAGUGGCCUUCUUGCCAAACAAGCCAUAUAUAAAAACUGAUGGAAUCGUUUAGCAAAUAAGUAGCUGCCCUCUGUCACCUCAUAGCGGUUUCUACAUCGUUUGUGCAUUUGGUUUAGUUCAACCCAACUUACUGCGGAGGUGUGUGUCUACAGCCGAUGACCUCAUUUCUUUUAUUUUAUUUUUGUAUUAGUCAGUUGGCAAAGCAAACUGAUUUUUUUAGACUAUUUAUCUCCCUCCCUUCCCCGGCCCUCCAUGCAGGAUCCUCAAGGAGCAGGCAGCUCACCGUCCGCCUGCGCCUCGGGGCUCGUCCCUUUCUGCUUCGCGGGGGCCCGGCGAUGAGGCUCCUGAAUGUGUGGUCAGCAUCUGUACAAAUGCAUUUUAUUUGCUAUCGUUUGUAAAGCUGUAAAGUUAAAAGAAAUGAAAACCUUUUCAGCAUAAAUCUAUUUUACUUGCACUGUUUUUUAGCUAAAAGUGAAAAAACUUAGAUGAAAUAAAAUCAGAGUUGAGAAGAAUCAUCAGAAGACUGUUUCUCAGUGUGAAUCAAGUGUUGAAAACUGGUUGGUGUAUUUUGUCAGUAAUUGUACAUAACCUUUGGCACACAACGUGAGGACGGCUAUGUAGCUAUAAUUAUUUUGCUAAGAGGCUGUAUGCAAGCUGUGGACUCGCUUUACAGACGUCCAGAGCAAAAGCCCCUUCUUUGUACCUAUUUUUUUAUUACAAAUAUACUAAUUGGUUCUUUAUAUUUUCAGAGGUUAUUGUAUUAAAUUGUCUAUUGAUAGUACUUUUAUGACUGUAAAUACUUCGGCUUUCUCCGUGUGAAUUCUCACGUUAGACUUUAUUCGCGCGUGUGAACUGAAUGCUGAUCAGUAUUUUUUAUCAACGCCUGAAAACUGUUACACCUUUUAUUUUGUCUUUUAGGAAAUCCCUGUCUUUCCAUUUUUUCAUGUAAAUUUUGCACAGUUACUUGUUCAUAUGUAAAUAUUUUACUUUCAAAAAUGAAGUUUUUAAUUGCUAUUGUUUUAUAUAGGAUUGAAAGAAAAUUAACUCCUUUAUUAAAAACAAAUUUAUCUGUA